ACGCUCUGUAAAUCUAAUACUAAAUGUCCUCUGCGGAAGGUCAGACAAAUCGCUUAAAAUUUCACGAUGAAACCGUUUUUUAUUGAAAAAAUCUUCCGCCAGCCUCUUUUACUGCGCACCUUUUCUCCGUGUCAUGUCAAUUAUGUUCGUUGUUUGGCCUCAAAGCCACGAAACACGAGUGAAUUGACUGGAGUGACAGGAAUCAAACGGAAAGGUGUCAAGAAGGAAAAGAAACAUGAUCCAGAUGAAGAAUUCAUGCAGCUGUGGAGUACUACAGAGGGAUAUAUACAAAAUGUUUUUAAAGAAAGAAGAACAGGGAUCAAGUCGACAAAGGAAAAUUAUAGAAAUACGUUUGUGACUCCAAAUGUCACCACCCUGCCCAUUGCAAGUGAACUGACUAAGGAGGAAAGAGACGACCUUCUCGAUGAUGAUGGAACGACAGAAUUCAGGAUUCCCACAGCAGAGGACUUUGCAAGGCUAACUCCUGUAUACAAGAGUUUGACAGAGGAGGAAUUAGAUGAUGAAAAAAUAUUUGAAAGAAAAGAUGAGAGGGAUGAAGAGGAAAGGGAAAAUAAGGAAGAAUCAGAUGUUAUUGAUACUUCUAAAAUUCUAUCAUUUGAAGACUUUGAUCUUCACCCAAAGCUUAUACAGAAGCUCAACAUUUUUGGCAUUGUCACUCCCACUGACAUUCAAAAACAAGCAAUACCAAUAGUUUUAAAGGGAAAGAGUGUUCUUAUUCAAUCAGAAACUGGAUCCGGUAAAACUAUGGUAUUCUUAUUGCCUACUCUGCAAUCUCCUGGAAAAACCUUUGGCACAAUAAUCAUUGCACCCACAAGAGAAUUGGCAAGUCAAAUGUUGUUUGAGGCUCGUCGUCUUCUCAGUGAUAAAGCUAUUGCGGAGUCUUUUGUGAGUGGUGUCAAUUUGAGUAAACAGGAGGCAAGAUUGAAAGAUAAGGCAAAGAAACCUUUGAUAGCUAUUGGAACACCUAAGAGGAUUCUUGAGAUAAUUGAGAAGGAUCCUUCACUGGUGCAACGCACUAAAAGGAUCAUAAUUGAUGAAGUGGACAAAGUUCUUUUGCCACUUCAUAGGAGGUCCUCAUUCAAGAAGCUCACUCAUCGUGCAAACUAUCCUAGAGCAGCUAAGACAGUGGUGGAAAAAGUUCUUCAGUUAUCUAAGGUUAAGCACAUCCAGAUGAUUGGAGCUUCUGCGACUGUGAAUGAUGUUCUCCAAGAGGACCUGACAGAAAUUGGCUGGGGAGAUCAUGUCAAACUUAUACAGUCAUCCACACUUGAAGGACAGCCUUGUAAAGUUCCUCCAUGCAUUAAACACCAAUAUGUUAUUUGUGAUGAGUCUGUGGGUCUUACCAAAGCACAGGCACUUGCCAGGUAA